AUGGCUGCACUAUCUAAGAAGUUUGACACACUAGGAGUUCAUGCUGUUAAGAAUUCAUUUGUAGUCUGUGAGAUGUGUGAAGAUAGUCAUAAUGAUGCCAUAAUUCAAAGCUAUGGAGCCUCCUUGAGAAAUCUUGAGACCCAAGUGGGACAGCUUGCAAACUCCAUCAUCAAUAGACCUCAAGAUGCCUUACCAAGUGAUACUCAAGUCAAUCCCAAAGGUAAGGAACAUUGUAAUGUAGUUACCCUUAGAAGUGGAAAUGAAGUUGACGGGGUGAAUGAAAAAUCAAUUGAAUCUUCAAAAGAGCAUCUAGAUGAUGACAAGGUAAUUGUUGAAAAAGAAGUUAAAGUGGAAAAGACAGAUAAUGGGCAAGCUAAAAACCAAGGGAAUUCUCAAGCAAACUAUCCUCCACCACCAUUCCCACAAAGGUUGAAAAAGCAAAAGCUUGAUGAACAAAUUCAGAAAUUUCUCAAUGUCUUCAAUAAGCUCUAUAUAAAUAUCCUUUUUGCUAAAGAUUUGGAAAACAUGACAAGUUAUGUUAAAUUUUUGAAAGACAUCUUAACCAACCAGAGGAAACUAGAAGAUUUUGAAACAGUGGCACUUAUUGAGAAGUGUAGCGCAAUUAUUCAAAACAAGCUUCCAACAAAACUGAAGGAUCUUGGGAGUUUUUCUAUCACUUGUACUAUUGGUAGAUUUAAAUUUACUAAAGCUUUGUGUGAUUUGGGUGCAGUUGUUUCAAUCAUGCCUUUGUCAAUUACUAAGAAACUUGGACUUAACGAGAUACAACCUACCAUAGUUUCUUUGCAAUUAACAAAUAGAACAAUCAAGUACCCUGUUGGGAUUAUUGAAGAAGUAUUGGUUAAAGUUGGGCAUCUCUACAUUCCGGUGGACUUCAUUGUGUUAAGAUGGAAAAAGAUCUGGAAAUUCCUUUAA